CACAAAUAGCUGCAGUGCACCAGAGUCACAGAAACACAUCACACAUUCGUGAGCUCAGCUUAGCCAUGGAUAACGCCUACAUUAUUGCCAUUCUCUCUGUAGCUAUCCUCUUCUUGCUCCACUACUACCUCCUCGGCCGCGGCAAUGGCGGGGCGGCGCGGCUGCCGCCGGGUCCACCGGCCGUCCCGAUCCUGGGACACCUCCACCUCGUCAAGAAGCCGAUGCACGCCACCAUGUCCCGCCUCGCCGAGCGGUACGGGCCGGUGUUCUCGCUGCGCCUCGGGUCGCGGCGCGCCGUGGUGGUGUCGUCGCCGGGGUGCGCCAGGGAGUGCUUCACCGAGCACGACGUGACCUUCGCGAACCGGCCCAGGUUCGAGUCGCAGCUGCUGGUCUCGUUCAACGGCGCCGCGCUCGCCACGGCGAGCUACGGCGCGCACUGGCGCAACCUCCGCCGGAUCGUCGCCGUGCAGCUGCUCUCCGCGCACCGCGUCGGCCUCAUGUCGGGGCUCAUCGCCGGCGAGGUCCGCGCCAUGGUGCGGAGGAUGUACCGCGCCGCGGCCGCGUCCCCCGCCGGCGCCGCGCGCAUCCAGCUGAAGCGGAGGCUGUUCGAGGUCUCCCUCAGCGUGCUCAUGGAGACCAUCGCCCACACCAAGGCGACCCGCCCCGAGACGGACCCGGACACCGACAUGUCCGUGGAAGCCCAGGAGUUUAAGCAGGUCGUCGACGAGAUCAUCCCGCACAUCGGCGCGGCCAACCUGUGGGACUACUUGCCGGCGCUCCGGUGGUUCGACGUGUUCGGCGUCAGGAGGAAGAUCCUCGCCGCUGUAAGCCGGAGGGACGCGUUCCUUCGCCGCCUGAUCGACGCGGAGCGGCGGAGGCUGGACGACGGCGACGAGGGCGAGAAGAAGAGCAUGAUCGCCGUGCUGCUCACUCUGCAGAAGACAGAGCCGGAGGUGUACACCGAUAACAUGAUCACAGCUCUAACGGCGAACUUGUUCGGAGCAGGAACAGAGACAACCUCGACGACAUCAGAAUGGGCGAUGUCGCUACUGCUGAACCACCCCGACACACUCAAGAAAGCGCAAGCCGAGAUCGACGCAUCCGUCGGCAACUCUCGCCUGAUCACCGCCGACGACGUGACUCGCCUCGGCUACCUCCAGUGCAUCGUCAGGGAGACGCUCCGCCUGUACCCCGCCGCGCCGAUGCUCCUCCCGCACGAGUCCUCCGCCGACUGCAAGGUCGGCGGCUACAACAUCCCGCGCGGGUCGAUGUUGCUCAUCAACGCGUACGCCAUCCACCGUGACCCGGCGGUGUGGGAGGAGCCGGAGAAGUUCAUGCCGGAGAGGUUCGAGGACGGCGGGUGCGACGGCAAUCUCUUGAUGCCGUUCGGGAUGGGGAGGCGGAGGUGCCCCGGCGAGACGCUGGCGCUGCGCACAGUGGGGUUGGUGCUGGGCACGCUGAUCCAGUGCUUCGACUGGGAGAGGGUCGACGGCGUGGAGGUCGACAUGACUGAAGGUGGCGGGCUCACCAUCCCCAAGGUCGUGCCGUUGGAGGCCAUGUGCAGGCCGCGCGACGCCAUGGGUGGUGUUCUUCGCGAGCUCGUCUGAAUAUUUUUUGGCGGCGUUUGCAUCUCCAGGACGAACUCAUGUAUUGAAAGCACCAAAAGUAAGUAGCAAAUAAGCUUCUCGUGAGCAUACACAUAACACAUGUGAGCUUGUAAUGUGGAAUAAAUUACACGUAGAGGAUUUGGAAGAGAGUGACUGCGCUAGCAAUCGCUCUUUGAGAGUUGUGUUUUACAGUUUUAGUGAGGAACCAAUUUGUAUGAAUGUGCAAUAAUCAUGUAUAAAGUAUAAUUGUACACGCCAGGUAUUUCAAUUUCAUAUUGCUUGUGUGAUGUA